AUGGCUUCGGCACAGUGUGAACUGUACCCAUAUACACCCAGUCUUCCGCUGGCGGUUGUCGCUAUCAUUUUCUUCUCUAUGCUGGUAGGGAUUCAUGCCUUUCGUAUGAUGCAGACGAAAACAUGGAUGAGUGCGUUCUUUACUCUUGGAGGUGUUGCGCAACUAUCUGGUUAUACGGUCCGCAUAUUCUCGACAUGCAAUCGAGCUGCCUACGCAAGUCAAUCGGUGCUAUUAUUACUAGGCCCGACCUUCAUUAUGUUCUCUGUCAAUUUGAUCCAGAUAGAAUUUGCUCGAGUGCUCGAAGCAAAAAGGUUCUGCUGGGUUCCGAUUGCAUGGCAGCCCUUGCUCUAUCUAAGCCUGAACACUAUUUUGAUGAUAGCCCAACUUGUCGGAGACGCGAUGUCCACCGCAUCUUCAUCUAUUGAGAUAAUUGAGACUGGGAGCAAAAUCACUAUUGCUAUCUACGUGAUUCAAUUGCUCUUUUGGUUAUUUACUUUGGCGGAAAACACGUACAUGACAAUCAGGCUGCGCCGUCAACCAACAGAUGCCUGCAAAACCAAAAUCCCUCAUUGGAAACGCUGGAGCCAAUUUUUUGGCCUAUCUGUGUGUAUUAUCGCUGCUGGUCGUAAUGUGAUGCGCCUGACCAUGGUGGGUGGGGUUGCAUUUCUUGUUGAUAACGAGUGGCCAUCAUAUGCAUUUGAUGGUUAUCAAAUGGUGGUUGUCCUGAGUGCUUGGGCUAUAUUCUACCUACCCGAGGAACUUUGCAAGGUCAGCUCCAGAGUGAGUUACAUGAGUCUGACGGAGCUAGAAAGAGCGGACGAGAGACAGGUAUAA